CCCCGAGACACCAGUUGAUCUUCUCUGUUCUAUUUAAGCACAUCCUCUUCACAUCACUCUUUCAAAGCUUCAUGACUUGUUGUCUUUCACUAAACACAUAAUCACAUCUCUUCCAAGUUCAUCAAGAAAACAUAUAAGCGCACGCAUACAAGAACCGAUAUUCGAAGAUGAGCAGACCCGGAGACUGGAACUGUAGAUCAUGCAGCCACCUCAACUUCCAGCGCCGUGAUUCUUGCCAGCGUUGCGGCGACUCUCGUUCCGGAGCCGGUGGAGUCGGUGGCUUAGACUUCAGUGGUUUCGGCGGCAGAGCUAUGUCUGCUUUCGGAUUCACCACCGGCUCCGACGUUCGUCCCGGUGACUGGUACUGCACCGUCGGAAACUGCGGGACUCACAACUUCGCCAGCCGCUCCACCUGCUUCAAAUGCGGCACUUUCAAGGACGAAUCCACCGGUGGUGGCGGAGGCGGCGGCAUCGGCGGUCCGGCCAUGUUUGACGCCGAUGUUAUGCGGUCUAGACUCUCUGGCAACGCUGGCCGCUCCAGCUGGAAAUCCGGCGACUGGAUUUGCACCAGGAUUGGUUGCAAUGAGCAUAACUUUGCAAGCAGAAUGGAAUGCUUCAGAUGCAAUGCACCAAGGGAUUUCAGCAACAGAACCUCUUUCUAAAUUAUACAAAAAUGCCUUUGAAGUAGCCUUGUUUCCAAUUUCUUGGGCACCGUUUCAAUCAAUGGAAAAGGAGAAAGAGAAGCAAAGGAGAAUUAAAAGAUGAUAAUUUUGUUAGAUGUUGCAAUGAGAGCCAAUCUUGUAACUUUAGCUGUCGUGCUUUUGGAUGUAUUAUCCAUUUUAUUAUAUUUCUUUUUUUUUUCCUUUUUUUCUUCCUUAAUUCGAAAAUUUCUUUUUAAGAGUUUUAUUAUUCUAAUCAUUGUACGCUGCAUGUCUUUCUUAAAAGAAGAUUCUCUUCUCAAUUUCAUCGCUUUAUA